AUGGCUCGCCCAGUUCUCAACUACUCACACCCGAUUAAUGUGUCCAUUUACCUGGACAUUAAUUACAUUAAGCAGUUGGAUGUGGUGACCAAUGUUCUGGAGAGUGAAGGCUGGAUUCGCCUUUCUUGGAGCGACGAAAACCUGAAGUGGGACUCUGAAAAAUACGGAGGCCUAAGCGACAUUCGAGUUCGCAUAGAUGAAGUGUUUCGACCCGACAUUACCAUCAUCAACUCGGUGGAGGCGCAGAACGUCAUUCGCUCGACCACCCACUCCGACUNCAUUUUUUUGUUUAUUCUCAACAUUGAUCCUGAGCAUCAUCGAUUAGUGUUUCGACCCGAUAUUACCAUCAUCAAUUCAGUGGAGGCACAGAACGUCAUUCGCUCUACCACGCACUCUGACUUGAUUCUCUGGAACAGCGGAGAGAUCUUCUGGAUGCCGGCCAUCUCGAUGAAGACCAUCUGCGAUGUUGACCUGACAAACUGGCCCUUUGACCGGCAGACCUGCCUCUACCGAUUUGCCUCGUGGACCUAUGACGGCAACUCGCUGGAGCUGCACAACGCUUCGGAGCACAUCGACCUGAACAGUUUUGUGGAGAACGCCGAGUGGGCGCCGGUGGACUCCCGCUGCGAGUACAAGAUGCACAUCUACGACGAGAGUUCCCACUACCCCGAGGUGAUCUACUACCUGACGAUCGAGCGGAAGGCCACCAUCUACCG